AUGAUUAUGAAUCAAUUUAAUUAUACAUGUAAUGUUAUAAAUCAAUUUAAAAAGACAGUUUUAAAGACAGAACAAGAUUUUAUUGGAGCACCAAAUGGAAUUAUCAAUGUGAAUGAAAAUAAUUUAGAUUCUCCAACAUUACCAAAGAAUUAUCAUUUACAAUCACCAACUAAAUUACCUUAUAGUGCAUAUAUUGCUAAUCAUAAUAAUAAUAAUUCAAAUAAUAAUUCAAAUAAUACUAAUAAUUCAAAUAAUAAUAAUAAUAAUAGUUCAAAUAAUUUUAAUAUUAAUGGAGUAUCAUCACUUUCACCAAUACUAUCACCAACAUCUAUAAAUAAUACAAAUUCACCACUAUUAACUAGUGUUAAUGGAGGAAAUACCGGUAGUGGAUUAUCAGUUAAACUUAAUUUAUCAAAUAAUAAAAAAUCAACCAUUUAUAUAUUAGUAAACAUUGCAAUAUGCACUAUAAGUAAUUGUCAUGAUUCUAUCAUUAUAUUAGGACCAUGUAUUGAUUUCAUAGAGUUAUCAGAUUGUUCAAAAUUAACAAUCAUUUCAAUUACAAAAUCAAUAAGGAUAAAAUCAUCAAAUAAUAUUUCAUUAUAUAUUUGUUGUAAUCAAAAACCUAUAAUAGCUUCAGAUUGUAUUGCUAUUAAACUUGCACCAUAUAAUACACAUUAUCCAAAUUUAGAGCAACAAUUAAUUACAUCAAAACUAUCAACAACUUUAUCAAAUAAUUGUUGGAAUACACCUAUAAUUUUAAAUUCAUUUUCACCUUUAAAUUCUCCAAAUAUUACCAAUACCGAUACCAACACGAAUAAUAAUAAUAGUAAUAAUAAUAAUAAUAAUAAUAAUAAUAAAAAUAAUGGUAUUUAUUUAACUAUACCACCAAAACUACCUUUAGAACCUUUAGAUAGUAAUAGUAAUAAUAAUAAUAAUAAUAAUAAUAAUAAUAAUAAAAAUAAUGAAGAUAAUAUUGAAAAUUGUGAUAAUGAUAAUGAUAAUGAAAAUGAAAAUGAAAUUAAAGAUGAAAAAAUAAUAUCAAAUAUUUAUUCAAUAUUAGAUGCAGAAGAGUUCUUUCCAUUCACUGUACCAUUUUUAAUUAAAGGUAAAACAAAAAAUAAUCCUUGCGAAUUACCUUUAAAUUAUGUAAAAUGUUUAGCUUCAAAAACAAAUUCUGUUCAUUCAUUACAUAAAUUAAUUCAACAAACUACAAAUGAUCCAAAAACAAAAGCAACUUUAUUACAUUUAAUUGAAUCUAAAUUUCAGGAAUGGUUGGUUGAAACUGAUAAUAUAAGGCAAAUAAAUGAUUUAAUUAAUAUGAAAAGAUAA